AUGUACUGGCAUCACUGCCCGUAUAUCAUGAAUGAAACACGUGGAAACGUCUCUGGGGUCUUUCCAAACAUUCUGAAAAGUAUUGUCAAACAGUGUUGUCAUGGCAACGUCGAACUGGUGUACCAGCAAACAAAGGGACCAGCGGAUUUCUACACAGCAGUUCAAGAAAUGAGAUUUAACAGGUUAGUAUAUAUAAAUUAAUGAAGCCAAUGGCAAUCAUACAAACGUGACGUGUGUUUUGUCUUUCGUUUGUCAAGUAUUUAUCUUUGUACCUUAACCUAAUAUAGUAUAUAUAUCAGGGUUCGUACACCUUCAUAAUUUGAAAAAUCCAGGGUUUUCCAGGACUUUUUUUCAUCCUUUUUCCAGGGGUUUUCCAGGGGCAUUUCAAAUAUAAAUCUAUAAGUGUUUAACGGAUAAGAAACGUUCGCGACGGCUAGUACUUCAUCUUGCACAGAUACUUUUGGGUUUGUACCAGUUUGAACGAAAUAUAUUCAUAGUUUGACUAUAUAUAAUGCAAGAACCUUUUGUUCAAUCGUUCUUUUUAAGAUAGUGUUAAAUAGUUUAGGUAUAAUCCUAUACCUAGCUCAGUUUCUCAGUUUUCCAGGGUUUUCCAGGGAUAAAUUUGAAAUUCCAGGGUUUUCAAGGGUUUUUCAGGACUAAAUAAAAAUCCAGGGUUUUUCAGGAUUUCCAGGGGGCGUACGAACCCCGAUAUAUGUAGAUUGCUCAAUAAAUUCAUUAAAUAAAUAAAAAAAUCACUUUCUCUAGAUCACAGCCGAAGAAGUUCGACAUUGCAUUGCCGGUCCACAUAGAGAAGUACGGCAAGACCUUAUUUGAGACUUUGCCAUUUAUCGCGAUCGCGGAGUCGCUUGGCAUAGCUGUUUUGAAACACAGCAAUGUCUCCAGUGGAAAACUCAUGUCGUCGCUGCUCCAAGCUUGGCCUGUCUUGUUAUUCAUUAUCUUAACUGCGUGUGUUGCUGGAAUAAUUAUGUGGUUUGUG